GACUAGCUUCCCCUUUUUUCUUUCGUGUGAUGUCGUUUUCUCUCUGUAGAUGUCAAAAAAAUUGUUUUACAGCCAGUCUCAGCCCCGCCCAUUUGCAAAAAAAAAAAAAACGGUUGUGUUAUUUGCAGAAUCCGUGACGAAACCCGUCGGACGGCGCGCCUCUGUGAUAAUAUAUAACUUCUAUAGAAAAAUAAGAAUUUAACGACUCGGGUCUGAAUGAAACACGAUGAUGAAGAAACAGUUUCAUCGCAUGAAGCAGCUGGCGGCCCCGGGGAAGGCACAAGAUGCGACAGAUCUCCUUAGUGAAGAUUUGGUACAGGUGGAGCAGAGGGUGGAGCCAGCGAAGAAAGCCUCCCAGAUCGUUCACAAGAAGCUGAUUGGCUGCCUACAAGGACAGCAGGGAUUGGACAGUGAGAAACGCAUGAAAAAGCUACCCCUGCUGUCCCUGUCUGUUAGCAUGGCUGAAAGCUGCAAGGAUUUUGAUGGGGAUUCCAGCAUUCGGAGGGUUCUUGAAAUGUGCUGCUACAUUGAGAAGACCCUGGCGAAGGCGUUGGCUGAUUUUGAGGUUCAGGUUGAGAAGGAAGUUCUGGAGCCUUUGAACAAACUGAGUGAGGACGAUCUCCCAGAGAUUCUCAGGAAUAAGAAGCUUUUCGCUAAACUGACAACAGACUGGAUCAGUGCGAAAAACAGGAGCAGCUCAGGGGGGCAGGAGGAGGUGGAGGAGACCUGGAGGAAACUGGAACAGGUCAAAGACAUCUAUUCGGCGGAUCUGUACCAUUUUGCAACGAAAGAAGACGAUUACGCCAACUAUUUCAUCAGAUUGCUGGAGCUCCAAGCGCAAUAUCACAAGAAGUCCUUUGAAAUCCUAGACCCCAUGAUAACCGAACUGAAGGAAAACAGCAACAUUACAACGUCCCAGGUGAGCAGCCCCUCUCUGGGCGUCUAUGGAGUCUCUCUGGCCACACACUUGAGAACCAGCUCCAGAGAGAUCGCCCUCCCCAUUGAAGAGUGUGUGAAGAUGCUGCUGGUGAAGGGUAUGAGAGAGGAGGGUCUCUUCAGACUGGCAGCUGCAGCCUCUGUUGUGAAGAAGCUGAAAGCGGGGCUGGACUGUGGAAACAUCGACCCCACGGAGUUCUACUCCGACCCCCACGCUGUGGCAGGUGCUUUAAAGUCUUACCUGAGAGAGAUGCCACAGCCUAUGAUGACCUUUGAACUCUACAAUGAUUGGUUUAAAGCAGCCAGUGAAAAAGACCAACAGAAAAAGCUGGAGGGUUUUCAAGAACUGUGUUGCAAACUGCCACGAGAAAACUACAACAAUCUUAGGUAUCUUGUAAAGUUCUUGGCUAAGCUAGCGGAGCUCCAGGAAGUGAAUAAAAUGUCCCCCAGCAAUAUCGCCAUUGUCUUGGGUCCUAACUUGCUGUGGCCGCAGAACGAAGGCGAGACGCUGAUGCUGGACAUGGCGACAGCGUCCUCGGUGCAGGUGGUGAAGGUCAUAGAGCCUCUCGUUCAGUUUGCAGACAGGCUGUUUCCUGGAGACGUCGAUUUUGAUACCCCGGUCUGCCACAGCGUCCCGACGGCGGUAGAGAAAGCCCUCCCACCUCCACAGAAGAAGACAGUGGAGGAGCCCGCAGUCCAGACAGCGCCCCCUACAGGCAGAGGCUGUACAGCCCCAGACAGCCCCCCGAAGCUCAAGUCCAGCCUACGGGUCAGUACCUCCGCUCCGGUCAUCAUAAAGUCCGGUUCUGUGGCACGACGGACCAGCCUCUGGGACAAUAUGAACCAGAACCAGAACCAGAAUCGAGGAGAAGAGACCCAGGCCGUCCAGACACCAGCCCCCGAAACCCAGCCUCCCCCACACCCCUCCCCCAAAGCUGGGGAGCCCUGCAAAGGGCCGAAUCUGCGCUGCUGUUUGAAAAUCCUUCAGCAGACGAACCCUCUGAUCCGCCUGCUGGGCCCGGCCGCCAAAAAACCUGCAAACCACAGGCCUGCCAUCACCCAAGCCCCAGCUUGUGAACUGACAUCCAAAUCAAUGAACCAGAACAAGCCCCAGGCUCAUGUGAACACCCCAGCCCAGAGAGAGAGCUGCGCCUCCAAGCCUAACCCAUCCCUCCAUGCACAGGCUUCAUCGCAAAGGAAGGCAGGAGGACAGAAACGUGUUAAAGGGGGUCUCAGAGUACCCAAUUUCCCCCCGCCCCUCCCUCCUCAACAGCCAAUCAAAGAACAGCUGUCGUCUUCCUCAAAAUAACCUUCUGAAAAAUGUUUAAAAAUCUGAGACGGAUAAUGGUGUUUCAAGGAAUCUCUGGAGAGGGUCUCCCUGUAUCAAAACAAAAAAAACGUUUUUGUGACCAAACUGUGACCUCAUUUUUUUAACCCCGUCAGUCCUGGACCUUAUCCUUAUCUUGGCUCAGUAAAGGAGUGUAUUUUUUCAGCUCGACCAAAAAAAUAAUUCAGGACUGACAGGGUUAAUUUUGAGGUGCAUUGUGCUCCACUCUCGUAGCAACAAGAGAGAGCUCCCUAGCAACCAGAAGUUCGUACUGUCUUUGGUUUUGUCCUGUAUACACUGUUUUAAAUUUGUUCUGACCACUAUUCCAGUGAAAAAUAUAAUAUAAUUUAAUUUAAUUUAAUUUAAUUUAAUUUAAUUUAAUAAUAUCAUAAGGUUUGGACAAAAUAAUAGAAACACCUGCCAUAGCACUGUCAAUAGCACAGCAUGGGACUGAUUCACCUGCUAUAGCACUGUCAAUAGCACAGCAUGGGACUGAUUCACCUGCCAUAGCACUGUCAAUAGCACAGCAUGGGACUGAUUCACCUGCCAUAGCACUGUCAAUAGCACAGCAUGGGACUGAUUCACCUGCUAUAGCACUGUCAAUAGCACAGCAUGGGACUGAUUC